AUGGAUGUUAAAAAACUUCUAUUAAAAGAGAAUGCAAGUCUAGAACUUAAAGAAGUUGCUAGACAUAUCAUUAAGUCAAAGAAAUGUGUCGUAAUUACCGGUGCCGGGAUCUCAGUUAGUGGCGGAAUUCCGGAUUUCCGAAGCAAAGACGGGGGCCUAUACGAAAUGGUCAAGAAGCAGUUUCCCGGGACAAUUUGUGGAAAAGACCUUUUCGAUAAUGAACUCAUUAAGAGCAAUGAGGCUCUUAAGGCAUUUAACGUAUUUAUGGGCACCCUUAAGGAAUUAAUAGGGAGCGCCGUCCCCACGCCAACUCACGUGUUCUUAAAGAAGUUUGCUGAAAUGAAUAAGCUAACCCGAAUAUACACCCAGAACAUUGAUGACCUGGAACAGAGAAUCGGGUUAAAUGCCGACUGGAAAAUUGAAAAGGUUAGCAAAUGUGCGACCCAGGUGGUUCAACUGCAUGGAACCAUGUCUCGCCUCAAGUGCUGUCGUUGCACCAAGGAGUACCCAUUCACGACCGAAUAUUGUGGAAUCUUUAAAAGUGGGGAAGCACCGUUGUGUCCAAAUUGUGAAAGCCGAGAAGAGACUCGAGUUAAACAAGGAAGGCGGCCACAUCCAGUCGGGAAGCUCAUCCCAAUGGUGCUUCUCUAUGGAGACGAGCACCCUAAUGGAGUUGAGAUUGGUCAACUUUCCGCACAUGACCAAUCCCGUGCCGACUGCCUCUUGAUAAUGGGUACUUCACUAAAGAUCCCCGGGGUGAAGGCCCUCAUUAAAAAUUUUGCAAGAGCCGUGCAUGAUCGCAAUGGACAUGUCAUAAUGGUUAAUAAAUCUGAUGUAAUACGAAGAGAGUGGAAUGGUAUUAUUGAUUAUCAGGUUGAAGGGGACUGUGAUGAAUGGAUAAAAAUUGUAGAAGGGGAAUUAGCUGAGGGUGCUAAAUCCUUCAGACGAAGAAUAAAAAUUCCAAGAGAACACCUAGGCCAAAUUGGCGAGUGUACUUGUCAAAAACACAAGAACGAAAUGUCAGGAUAUCCAUGGAAUGUCAAAUCGAAGCAAGGUUUAGAUUGUCAGUCUGGAGGAUUUAGAUUGGUCAUCGGGCUGCGAUUCUUAAACUCGAUUCUUGUUCUUGAUUCAUUAAGAGUUGGCAUGGCGAUCUUGGAUUUUGAACUAUCAUCGGCUGAUUAA